GCAGACGCAAUCAGCUGUUGCAUUUAGAAAGUUUUAAAUAACGACAAUAAUUGCGGAAAAAUCCAGACAAGUGUGUUAGUGAAAAUAAUACACAUACUAUCAUUAUUAUUUUUAAACCACGAUAAAUCCACGUUAAUCAGCAAUAAAGCAGCUGGAGCUUCAGUAUCUGAAAAACCAGCGCCACGUUUGGAAGUCAGAGAAUCAGAGAAACUGCGCUGCAUUUUAGUAAAUGAAUUGCUAAUUCCAUUAUCUCCGGAAGUCUGGUGGAAGGCAGACGACUUCCAAGUUUGUUAACAGAUAACUACAAAGUAGGGAGCAGAGUCAAACGACAGAAUGCCUCGCUCUGAUACGGAGGCCUUAGUGGACGAUGUGGAGACUGGCGAGGAUUCGGCGCCACGCAUUCUGGACGCCUCAUCAGCGGCCAGCAAUGAGCAGGUAGAUCCAUCUCCAGUUCCCCCGCCUCAUGACUACAACAGCUAUCGAUGGUUCAUUCUGGAGCCCGCAGUUUUUCUUAUCUUCUUUGCCAGAUAUUUAAUCGGGGCGGUUGCUCAAAAUCAGAUUCUCUACCAGACCUGCGUCACCAUUGAGAAAUUCAAUGCCACACAAUGUGAACCAUUGCUGGGCAUCGAUCGGGGAUCGGAUGCGGAUAAAGAAGUCGAGGUUAUAGUACAGACGUAUUCGGCAAAUAUUAUGAUGACAACCUCAUUGCUGGAGAGCAUAAUACCAGCUUUUGCCAGUCUAUUCCUGGGACCCUGGUCCGACAAGUUCGGAAGGCGGCCAAUUCUGCUGACUACUUUUACGGGUUACCUCACUGGCGCCCUAAUUCUGAUAGUUAUUACCUAUGUAACGAUGUCUAGAAAUAUUAGCCCCUGGUGGUUCCUCCUUUACUCAGUUCCUUCGGUUUUAAGCGGUGGAACUUGCGCUUUAAUAACGGGAAUUUAUUGCUACAUAUCGGAUGUAGCCAAAGACCGAAAGAAGGCUUUGAGAAUGGUUCUCAAUGAGGCCUCUCUCUGCGCUGGAAUGAUGGUGGGCAAUGUGGCCAGCGGCUACAUUUAUGCUGCAACGAAUGCUUUGAUCCUAUUUUCAAUAGCUGGCACCCUGAUGAUGUUGGCUUUGAUGUACGUCUUCUUAUUUGUGCCGGAGAGCUUAAGUCCAUCCGACAUUCAUACGGGAUCCCGAAUCCGUGAGUUCUUCCGUUUCGAUCUGGUUAAGGAUUUGGUUCGUACCUGUUUCAAAAGACGCCCUAACUUCGAUCGCGCCAUCAUUUGGCUGACUAUGAUCGCCCUCACUAUAGCCAUAUUCGAUAUGGAGGGCGAGGGCACAGUAAACUACAUGUUUAUGCAGGAUCAAUUUAACUGGACUAUCAAGGACUUCAGCCUGUUCAACGCAUCCCGCAUCGUUAUCCAGAUUGUGGGCAGCAUCGUCGGUAUGUUGGUUCUGCGACGUGUCCUGAAAAUGUCCAUUGUAACCAUGGCAAUGCUCUCACUGGCUUGUUGCGUUUUGGAGAGCACAGUGCGAGCUACAGCCGUCUAUUGGCAGGAAAUGUAUCUCGGCAUGACACUGGGAAUGAUGCGGGGCGUCAUGGGACCAAUGUGCCGUGCUAUUCUCUCGCACGUUGCGCCCGCAACGGAAGUUGGCAAGAUUUUCGCUUUAACUACCUCAAUGGAAUCGGUUUCGCCCCUGGGCGCAGCACCUCUGUACACAAGCGUCUACAAGGCAACGUUGGAAUAUUAUCCCGGUGCUUUUAAUUUCAUUAGCGCCGUUUUAUACUUUGUGUGUUACAUACUGAUAGCCGUGAUUUUCGGCAUCCAGAAAUCGAUGGGCAGCAGCAGCAUCUAUCAGGCUAUAGGAAGUUAACAAGCUCCAUGGCGAUUCGAUUUAGCUGAAUGUAUCUCAUAAGUUAAAUUCCUUCUGCAAGUGCUGGAAAGAGCUCUCAUUUUAAACGAUUAGAAACUAUUUUUGUAAUUUAAUCUAGUGUUUGUACUCCUUGUAUUUCUAUUUGCAAGUAUUAUUAUGAUUUUUAUCUGUAUGCAUGUAUCUGCUAUCUAGACUGUGCUUUGCAUAUGCAAGCAUUAUAAAGUUAAGAAUAGAAGAUUCAAUUAUUUGCAAUGACAAUAAAAUGUAUAUACGCCAAAA